AUGAAUAUUCUCCUCCUCCUACUAGUAACUACUAAAGCUACGCUGAGAAUAAGGUCUCGCGGAAUACCAGUUAUAGCGGCUGCUACUGUCGGUAUCGGUGUCGCUAUCGGCAAGGCGCGAAAGUGUAGCGAGUCUGACCAACCCUCCAUUGACAAUCUGGUAUGUAUGGAGCUCCGUCGCUGGCUGGCAUCAACCUUCUUCCACUCACCGCAAGACGCGCAACUGGAAGCGGUAUGUGUGCCCAAGCAAGCACUCAUACUGAAGUCUGAACAAGAGCGAUUUGACGCCCACUAUCAUGGUCCUUGGUAUAGGAGCUGUCUGCAGAGUCAUGCCGCAUCUCUCAGCUGUCAGCUGGCGCCGUGGCUUCGACUUGAGCACGGAACGCCGGCGCGAAUAUGCAGAAACAACAACAUCAUCUGCUGCGCAUACUUGAGCAUGAUCUGGCCGAACUGGAAAACAUGA